AUGACAUCCGUUGACCCCGGUGACGCGUUCGGAGAGCGAAUCAAACUAUAUCAAGGGCCACUGAUGGCCGGAGAAAUCGUCCAAGGUCACCUGAGCAAGCGCCGUGGGAAGCUAGCUGUCGGUGUGUGCGCCCGCCAGUCGAUUCGCCAACAGGUCCAGGAAGUCGUCCAGCCUCGGACGGGGCCGGAUAUCAAAUUCUUUGACCUCGACCUCGGGCCAGGUCAUGUCAGGGAGGCUUCUUGUCGCAACAAGGACACCGCCACCGCUCCGGCCUCGAGUGAUUCUUAA